UGGCCGCGCGACAAAAGUUCGCGCGUCGUUGACCGCGAAGCCCGGGCCCGUCUCAAACGCAGCGCCCGCCCGCCGCCAGUACCGCUCCUCAGCCAUCAUUCACCGUCAUGAAGCGCAAUGGGAACAUUACCGACUUUUUCAAACCCUUCACCCAACCCAAAGACAAGCGGGCGCCCUCUGAAGAAUUUCGCGACGCCCUCUUCUCCCACGGCGGCACAGGUCUGAACAACACCCAUCAUGCCCGUGACGACUGAUCCCAACCCGCCUCGCCCAGGCUCUGAUAAGAGACCCCUAUGGCCCGUAGGCACUUCGCGCCCGGGUCCAAACGCCUGGUUGCUGGCGCGCGACGCACCGCGGCCGGCUCUGCCACCGAAUGGCGUGACGCGUGAAACGUCCACGCCCGCCAUACCCAGGAAGCCUGAAUCCUCUUCCGCAGAUACCAGAAAUGCGCAUUUGCGCACUGAUCCGCGUCCGACGUCCGUUGUGCACGACAAGAUCCCCGUCGAGCCGUCAUCCGCAAACGCGCCUUCACCCCCCGCCGUAUCACAACCUUCCAAUGAAUCUCCGAACCACCAAUUUACCCAAAUCUCGCAUACCCAUUCAAAACCAGACUCCCCACCACCUUCAUCAUUUAACACGUCCAUAUCGUCUCUCCCGCCGCCGUCUCAAACUUCCACAACAUCAAGUAGCAAACGCGUAUUCAAAAAUGGUGUGGAGAUUGUGCGAACAUCGGACAGCGAAGAAGAGUCUGACGACGAGCUUGAAGAUUUGGGUACCUUGUUGGCAAAGACUCGAAAGCGGCCUGCUCCCGACUCCAACCAAUCCGCGGUGAAAUCGCAAAAGACGGGAUCUAACCAUGACAUGAGAACCCGUGGGAGGCGAGGGCAAGGAGCAUCGUCAUUCUUACCCCCGCCGCCAAAGUACAAGCAUUCUCUGGCAUCCCUUGUCGAACGUGCACAUAGCCAUACGGAAGCGACAAGGAGAAUCACCGAAACAAAGGCCAAGUUAAAGGAGGCAGAGGAAAAAGAUAAAGAAGAAAAAGAGGCCGGUCCAACAAAAGAGAUUGUAGCUUCAGCUCUAGACGGCAGUGAGGAUGGACGAAAGCUAUUAAAUGCUUUGCUGCGGACAGAAGUACUCGAGACGAAGGCCGUGUGGCACUUUUUUGGUGCAAAAGCCUCGGAAAACUCGACCAGAAAUGAUCCUUUUCCGCGGCAGGAGCUGAGCAAAAGUUGGCAUAGUCCGCUUAAAGAUGUCACGACACGUGAAUUUACCCUUCUAUCUGACAUUUUGCAUAGUAAGAUCGCCAUGGAACCUUUGCCUGAUGCGAUAGUCUCAUGGAUAUUCAAUGAGAUGUGCUUUUCUCCGAGAACGGAUCUCACAAAGGCAUAUAUGCAGAUAGUGGCAUUGCAGCCGUCUCAAUUACGGAGGCUUCUUAGUUCGGAAAAGAUUGUUGAGCUGUUUCGGCUCCUUGGUGCCAAGGAAGAAGCAACCCGACUUGGUGACACACUCACGCCACUAGAACAGAGCAGCAGAGAUAAGAAAAUACCACCCCCGGUAAGGCUACAAUGGGUAUUAAAGCUGCUACGUAAUUAUGCUACAAUCAUGACGGGUCCGGCACGAAAAACGGCACUCCUCAGUGUGCUGAGGUUAAGUAUUGAUGACAAUGUGCACGAGUACGGCAACCUCCAAGAAUUUGUCCUUUAUACCACCAGCAUCUUGAUCGCGAGCAUCCCUGAUGACCGCGCCGAGUCAACGCUCAUAACAAUAUCCAAAUCACUCUACAACACCAUCAAACAUCCCGUCCUGCAACAAUACCUCAUAACCUCCCUCCCCUACCAAACAACGCGCGAAUCCCUCUUCCAGCGCAAACUCGCCCUCGCCUUCUUCCUCGAAACACCCAACCUCCUCAGCAAACCCCUCACCCAGUCCAAACUAAUGAUUGCGGUACUGAUGCGGCUUCAAAAACCCGACUUCAAAUUUGGGCCCACGACCAACUUCGCAAUCAUAACCGCACGCUUCACGCUGCUCUCGACGGCCCUCGACGCCGGUUUCAGCACGCUGAGCUUCAUGCCCCUGGCCGCCAAAAGCAACUCCGACACCGCGAGCCGCGACGCCGCGCGCGCCGAGCAGACGGCCUUCGACCAGGCCGUCGACACCCUCGCCAUGGCCGUCCGCCGCAUCAUGGCGCAGAUCCGCGGCUCCGGCACCGCUAGCCUGCGCAUGUCCGAGGCCAAGCAGGCCAUGGAGCGCCUCGUGUACCGCCUCGACGCCGCCGUGCGCACCCGCGACCGCAGCGCGGGGGAUGUGUUUGCGGGGCCUGCUGGGCCGGGCGCUGCGGCUCAAACCGAGCUUAUGGCUAAGUGGAUGGGCACCGCCGGGCCCGCUGCCGUGACGGGUCCUAGUCCGAGUUCCGGUGCUGGUGGGGCUUGUGAUGCCGUGUGAUUCGGAGCGGGUGGAGGCGGGUCGGUGGGCUUGGGGGCUAUUUAGUUUUGGGGCGUUGGGGUAAGCCGCGAGGCGGUGUGCUCGCGUUUGCUUUUUUGCUUGAUUGCGUGUCUGUCAUUCUGUGUAUCAUCC